UGAUCGACCGGAGCGGAGCGCGCAUCGGGGAGUACGAGGACGUCUCGCAGGUGGAGAAGUACGAGAUGGCUGAGAGCGACUACGAAAAGCGGCCAGAGUCCCUGCGGUCCUUCCUGCGCCAGCAGCGCUGGGGACGUUACGACACCGAGGCGGCGCAGCGACGCGCGGCCGAGCAGGAGCAGCGACGGGCGCAGGAGGCGGCACUGGCGGCCGCACUCCCCCUGGGUACCCGUUGCCAGGUCCGGGUACCGGGACAACCCUGCAAACGGGCCACCAUCAUGUAUGUGGGCCAAACCGACUUCAAGCCGGGAUACUGGGUGGGCGUCCGCUACGACGAGCCGCUGGGCAAGCACGACGGCAGCGUGGGCGGCCGCCGUUAUUUCGAGUGUCAGCCCAAGUACGGCGCCUUCGUCAAGCCCCAGAGCGUCACCCCCGGGGACUUCCCCGAGGAGGACGACGGCCUCGAGGACGAGCUGUGAGGGGACGCACACGGGGCGGGGGGGGGACGGGACACACACGGGGCAGGGGGGGGACACACACGGGGUGGGGGGGGACACAGACGGACGGCACCGGGGCGUGGGGGCACUGGGGGAGAACGCAGCCGCAAAUCGCUGUAUUUUCCCUUGUUUUGGGGUGCCCCCCCCCCGGCUCUGCCCCCUCCCGUCCCCAUCCCCCCCCCCAGCGCUGUUUUCACCCCAAAAUGCCCCCAAAUCCCCCCCCCUUCCCCCCCCCCCGCACCCCGCGCUGGGCGCUGCCCCUCUGGCGGGGGCGGGGCUCCCCAGAGGCCACGCCCCCUCUGCAAAAAGGGGGCGUGGCUUGCUGUGUGCUGCAGCCAAUGGGCGGGCGCGCUGAGGAGGAGGCGGGGCCAGGAGGCGGCGCCGGAAGCAGCGGCCGGGCGGCCGCUGCCAGCGCUGCCCCCCGCCCCGAACCCCCGUCCCCGGAGGAGGGGGGAACACACGGACUCCCGCCGUGUCCCGCUUCCCCCCCCCCCCCCCAUCACUCCCGGGGGGUCACCGGCGGGUCGGCCCCGCCUCAUAAAGUGGCGUUUUAAGGUGAAA